AUGCAAACGAGAAUCCACAGCAAUUUCUAUCUUGUGAAGGGAAAACCGGUCAUAACCUACAAUGAAUACUUCUCGACCCAAGUUGUAUCGAAGUAUGAGAAAUACAAUUUCAAAAGGAAAAAAGGGUUAGUCGUAUUUGGUCUUAUUAUGUACAAACUUCUUGAUAAAUUCAGGAAUUCCUUGAAAUCCAUAGAAUUAGAAAAGGUUGAUUUUUCUUUGAUAUUCAACUCGAGCAUUGCCAAUUCUACUUUUCAUAAAACCGCCUACAAUUUCCAUUUUCCCACAUUGCGGUUACUUGCCGUCGAUAAUAUCUCAUCAUUAAAGCUCAACACAUGGAUUAAGGCCUUUCAAGAGGAUAAUUCAAGCUUCAGAAACAAUAAGCCGCUAUUCAUUGUAAUGCAUGACGAAUUGAGUGGCUAUUUACAUACUAAAACUGUUGGCUCUCAUUCUGGGUUACCGAGAGGAAUCCACCAAAGAUGGCUCCAUUCAAAAGAUCCAUUGAAAACUAUGAGAAACAUCAAGCUGGACCUAGAUAUAAAUCUGUGA